CGCCCGCGCCUAGCCUGGGCGCCAGCCGUCACAGCCUUAUUGAAAUGAUGACGUGCCGACUGGGGUCCCGUCGGCUGGGCGGGUCGCGCGGCUCGCUGCAGGCCGGCACCGCGUGCUCCGCCGCCAGCGAACUGGACCUCUCCUCGCGCUCCCGACGUUCAAACAAAGCGAGUCUGUUGUGCAGGCUGAAACUGCUGGGCGCGAGCGAGGCGCCGCUGCUGAGCGGAUGGCGCAGCACGCCGCACACGCCCGCGACGCCGCACACGCCAGCACCCCACCACUCACACAACCACCUCGCCACGCCGCACUGUAACGGCACCGACAGCAGUCGAGGGCUACGGCGGCGGUCGACGUACACAAGCGGGCGGUUACGGUCGGGCCCGCACUGGUCGUUCGUGUUCGACCCGGCCGGCCGCCUCUGCUACUACUGGUCCAUGGUCGUCUCCCUAGCGUUCCUCUACAAUCUAUGGGUCAUAGUCUAUAGGUUCGCUUUUCAAGAAAUUAAUGGUGAAACGUUGAUCGUGUGGUUUUGUUUGGAUUACUUUUCGGACUUUCUUUAUCUAACGGACAUUUUAUUCCACUUUCGCACGGGCUACCUCGAGGACGGGGUCCUUCAGACGGACGCGGCGAAGCUCCGCGCCCACUAUAUGAACUCCACCACAUUCUACAUCGACUGCCUCUGUCUCCUGCCCCUGGACUUCCUCUACCUCUCCAUAGGCUUCAACUCCAUCCUCCGCUCCUUAAGGCUGGUGAAGAUUUACCGGUUUUGGGCCUUCAUGGACCGCACGGAGCGGCACACGAACUACCCCAACCUGUUCCGGUCGACCAGCCUCAUCCACUACCUCCUAGUUAUAUUUCACUGGAACGGGUGCUUGUACCAUAUAAUAUAUAAAAAUAACGGGUUCGGGAGCAAAAACUGGGUGUACCACGACACGGAGACGGCGGACGUGGUGAAGCAGUACCUGCAGAGCUACUACUGGUGCACGCUGGCGCUCACCACUAUUGGUGACCUGCCGCGGCCGCGCAGCAAGGGGGAGUACGUGUUUGUGAUCGCGCAGCUGCUGUUCGGUCUGCUGCUGUUCGCGACGGUGUUGGGUCAUGUCGCCAACAUUGUCACCUCCGUCAGCACCGCCAGGAAGGAGUUUCAAGCGAAGCUAGAUGGCGUGAAGACCUAUAUGCGGAUGCGACGCGUGCCCACACACCUGCAGGUGAAGGUGAUCAAGUGGUUCGACUACCUGUGGCUGACGCAGAAGUGCUCCGACGAGGAGAAGGCGGUGUCCUGCCUGCCAGACAAGCUGAAGGCUGAGAUCGCCAUCAACGUCCACUUGGAUACGUUGAAAAGGGUGGAGAUUUUCCAGAACACAGAAGCCGGGUUCCUAUGCGAGCUCGUGCUGCGCCUGCGACCGGUUCUGUUCUCACCCGGAGAUUACAUUUGUAGAAAAGGUGAGGUGGGCAAGGAGAUGUACAUAGUGAACCGCGGCAAGCUGCAGGUGGUGGGCGACAACGGAAAGACCGUGCUAGCCACACUCAAGGCGGGUUCUUAUUUUGGCGAAAUUUCCAUUCUGAACAUGGGCACGGCAGGAAACCGGCGGACAGCGUCAGUUCGGUCCGUGGGCUACUCGGACCUGUUUGUGCUCAGCAAGAAGGACAUGUGGGACGUGCUGAAGGAGUACCCCGCCGCCAGGGUCCGCCUCGAGGCCAUCGCCGUCAAGAGACUCGAGAAGUACAAGAAGGCGCCGCUCGAAAAAGUGGCAAUGGGCCGGUGCCAGUCCACGCCUGGGCUGGUGGAGACGAGCGGGCGCGUGCCCAUAGAGGAGAUGGAUCUGCCCGUCGCCCUGCCCCAGGUCAUGCAUUCCUCGCAACAGCCUUCCUAUCGGGACCAGCUUUAUAGUUCGUCUGUAAGCCCUCUGCGUAUAGGGUCGCCGGUGGCGUCGUGUGCGUCUAGCGUGCGCAGCAGCGCGGCGGGCGGCGGCAGUGUGACAACCGCGAGCAUGGCGCCGCGCGUGCUGCUCGACUCGCACGACGCGCUCGAGAGCGAGAUCAAGCGGCUCCGCGAGCGACUCUACACCGUAGAGACAGAAAACGCCGCCAUGUCCGCCAAACUCAGCCAGCAGCAGUGGGAGGUUGACCAAAGGCUACAAGAGAUUGAAAUGCAGAUUUGUGGUGGCAGCUCCCUUAGCUCACAGGAAGACAACGAGAGGAACCGGGAGAGCAUUAUUUAACAGCGCGCCCCGUCGCCGCCCGGGCCCGCGCCGCCGCGAGCGCCGCGACUCGUGCGCUCUCCCUCCCGCAUAUCCCUGUCCCUGUCGCGGGUGCAGCCCGCCUCCCUCACUCUGUCCGUCUGCUGAGCGCACUCCGAGUUGUGAGCAUGAACCUCUACUAUUUAUAUUCUGUGAACGUAUCGUUCGUGCGAACUUCGAAGUGUUUUUACGAUGAAAUCAUAAUUUUAAGGAUUAAAUUUAAAUACGAAUUAACUUUAUCAAAUUUAUAUACGUGUACCUAGUAUGUACGACUCGAGGAGGAGUAUCCGUGGAGUGAGAUUUUGCUGAGACAAUAUUAUCUUUAAAGUUAUAUAAGUAUCGGAGUGAAGUGAAGUGUGGCUACGGUGUUCGGUAUUACCGCUCGUUAUAGUUUAGUUCCCUCGGUUCGCACCGGAACGUUAGAGUCUAGCGGUGAUGUUAUUGAUUUCGUUAACUAGCUGUUCUCGUGUGAAUUGUUUUCGUAUCGGCCGACGUCGGUCUAUAAAUUGAAAUGUAAUUUUGAAAAUGUUUAUUAACGAAAAAUAUGUGGCAUUUAUGUAAGUGUUCUGUGUGCCAAAUUAAUAUUGUGUAGCUAAUAAUUAUUAUCAAAAAUCAAAUUUGGAAGAAAAUGUUGUAGCUUUAAAUAUUUAGAAUCUAAUGAUUUGGGAAGUACUGUAAUCUGAUUAUGUUAUAAUAUAAAUCAUUUGAUGUGUCGGACGUUUCGUUAACGAAAAAUUAUUUAAAUUAGACUCUAUGUAAAUUCUAAUAUAUUUAUUAUAAUUAUUGUUCUAUGCAGUUUUGUCCGAUUCGUAAAACGACGAUAGUAUAUUGUAAUUUGUUAUAUAAAUAUAUAUUAAUAUUAUAUUACUUACUAGAGCUAGCGCACUUGGAUAACAAACUUGUUUGUCGUCCACCGUUUCUGAUAUUGGUCUUAGCGCAAGUAAAGUCUAUCUUAUCCACAAUGACUUCGCCUUACGGGACAAUGGCUUUAUAUAGCGGUAAAAGAUACACAAAUUUGAUUGCGCAAAGUCUCCAUUAAUCGGAAUGCGGAUGGACGACAGAGAAUUUUGUUGACGGUGAGCGAAGCUUAUGAGGUUUAGCUUACGAGGGGUAGGUAGGUACUUACAUCGGUUUGGUAAUUAAAAGUCACUACUGCCAAAUAAAAUUAAGUAGCUAAAAUGUUUUAAUGUAAUAUAAAUAAGUACUGAAAAAUGUUUUGUACUUAAUUCUUUAUCGUUCCGUUCUCGAUGAUUUAAUCAUGUACAACUAACACUAAGGCUAGUAUUUUCUUUUUUAUAUAAAAUUAGAUAAUAUCAAAUAUUAAUUCGUAUUACAUCCAAACUGAACCAAGAUAUAGAUACUCGUAUUCAAUAAUAAGGUGAAUUUGUAAAUACUUUAUCUAUGGUGUAUAUUUAAGAGCUGUUUUUCAUUGGAAACGAUUAUUUUCGACCACGAGCUGAAAGCGACGUUGGAAAAUCGCGACCGGCGACAUAGAGCCGCUGUGUGAAAGCUUACAAACUUAAUUACAAAGUGAGGUUACACUGCUCUGGUGCGUUGGGUCUUGGGAAUUGAUUAACGCAGUGUAUGCAACAUUGUUGCGUUACGCCAACGUAUGUUAACACAAUAAAGAUAGUGUUGAAAAAUAAAUAUUGAAGCGGUCAAAACAACGUCGCUGCGGCGACAUGCAGCGGAGCAAUGUGACUUCGCUCUUACAGCCAUGCCACACGACGCGGUGCGGCGCCGCACCGGUGGCCAUCUCGCCGGACUACCGGGCACCGGCCACACGGUGAGUGCGGCACCGCAACGUUUUGUAGUACUGUAGCUGCAGCGACGGACUCGAGCUCCCCGCCUCCCCGCCUCGCCUCGAUUCCGGUGUGCGUGCGGUGCAGCGCCGGAGCGCACCGGACGGCGCCGUGUGCCAUACCAUCCAUUUUUAUAUGUAGGAAACCGGAGCGGCACUGGUCAGGCGCCGUACCGCCGCCGCACCGCAUCGUGUGGUAUGGUACUUACUUAGGACAGUGUCAAAUAUAUUUUGGACAGUUUUCCUUAUUGAAUUAUAAUAUUGGGUUUAUUUGCCUUCGAUAUCUUAGAGGGAGAACUAUCAAUGACUACCAAUAAUUGAAUAUUAAUUCCAUAGCAUAUUAUGUUAAAUAACGCGAUGUAUAUGUAGUUGGGGUAAGAGAGUUUGACCAACGAUUUUCGAGUAAAUACCUUUCGCAUGGUACAUUCAACAGUUAUCCCUCUUUACCAUUAUUGGACCAUGAUAAUUACUAAAACUGUCCAAAGUUUUUUAGAUUGUCCUAAUUAUACAAUUUUAUAAUGAUUAUGUGCGGUAUACUCAUGAUAACAUAAUAUUAUGAUUUACCUGUGCAAAUACAGAAACUGUGCCAAAUGCGUGCCAAAUGCUUGGAAGUCUGAAAGAGAUAUUAAACUGUAUUUUGUUCUUUACUAAAAGCAGACUAAUAUGCGACUGCACAAAUGUUGUUUUGACACAAAUUGUAACGUUCCGCGCAAAGUGAAUAUGUACUUCUAUAAUUUUAAAACAAUUUCUCGAAAGCGUAAUAGAUAGGGAAAGCAAUUUUAAAAAUGUAAAUAAAAUUUAUUUAUUGUUAUGUAUAUUCCAUACAUUUUUCUUCGGAUUGCCAUUUUAAUUGAUAAGAGGGACGCAUUUUUAGAAAACUGGCGGACUCGAAUCUUUUGCCCUUUUCAUUGUAUUUCAAAAGGCAAGAUGGAAAAGUGGCGAAAAAGUUCGAGGCCGAGAGGAUGCUGUUUUUUAUCGUAUAAGUAUUUUAUUCUUACUAUAAACCUGAGUCCCGGGCCUUUAGUCGAGUCGCAUUCGAUAAUCUCGGCAGCGAAGCAAAAAAUGUAUGUAUGACACAACGUAUCGCCACUUGGCAUAGACGAUGCGACUUGACUAAAGGCCCCGACGAAAAGUUUGUUUGAUUACGGAAAUUCUUUGAAUUAACAUUAUAAGCGACAGUUGGAUCGUGGCUCGGCGGCACGAGCAUUGAGCAGGCUUGUGGAAAUCAUAUUGGGAAUUCAAUUAUGUAUUGCACACGAUUCAUUUUAUUGUUAAUAAAAAGAUAACGCUGAUGUA